CGUCAUCGUUUGUGCUGCUGGAAGGCGAGCUUCCUGUGUGCUGAGAUCUCAAUCAGAAGUCAAUUCGAUUCGGUUUUACCGCCUCUCCUCUGCGAGUAGGACGGGCUUAUCACGGCUAUACACAACUGUUUCAGUGACUGAACGAUGGCAGUGAACCUAAGCAAAAACGGCAUUGCCCUGACAAAUGCCUACAAAGAGGUGGUAGAUGAGAAAUGCAACACCAAUUGGGCAUUGUACACCUAUGAGGGGAACACUAAUGAUAUCCGAUUGGCAGAGAAGGGAGAUGGUGGACUGGAGGAACUGGUGGAGGAACUUAGCAGCGGGAAAAUUAUGUACGCGUUCUGUCGUGUCCAGGACCCAAACUCUGGCCUGUGCAAAUACGUCCUCAUCAACUGGACUGGAGAAGGUGUGAAAGAUGCCAGGAAAGGACUAUGUGCCAAUCAUGUCAGUUCCAUGGCAAAUUUUCUCAAGGGCGCACAUGUCACAAUAAAUGCCCGUGCAGAGGAGGAUGUGGAACCUGAGGCUAUUAUGCAAAAGGUGGGCAAGGCCUCGGGGGCCAACUAUAGCUUCCACAAAGAGUCCAACAAGUUCCAAGACGCUGGUCCCCAGGGGCCUGUGGGCUCUGUGUAUCAGAAGACCAACGCUAUGUCUGAAAUCAAACGCACCAAUAAAGACAACUUCUGGGCGCAGACAGAGAAAGAUGAGGAGAAGCGGCGACAGGAGGAGCGCUGCAAGGCAGACGAGGAGCGCCAGAAGCUGGAGAAAGACAGGAAGGAUCGAGAGGCCAAGGAGGCAACUCUCAGAGAGAAGAGAGACAAGGAAAGGGCCUCUAUGAUCGACCAGCAGAAGAAGUACCAGCAGCAGCAGGAAGCUGAGAGCAGAGAAGAUGAGAAACAACAAUGGGAGGAGCAGGAGAAGGACUUCCAGGCAACUCAGAAGAAAGGGAUGAAGCGUGGUGAAUCUGUGGAGAAAGCCAAUGAGGCAGCCUCUCUGAUCUCCCAGCGCUCUAUGAACCCCAGAGAGAUGUUCAAGCAGAGAGAGAAGGGCAUGGACACCCCUGCUGAUGCUGCCCACGCCCCUGCCAGCCCCCAGCCAGGGCGUUUGCAAAGCCCUUUUCUCUCUAAGCAAACAUGUGAGCCUGAGGCGUCCCGCUCGCCCCUGCGUCAAGCCUCCCCACUCUCUGCAGGCUCUGCCUCUCCUGUCCCUACUGCAGAACCCAGUGUGGAUGAGCUCGUUGUGGAUGAGUCAUCCCAGUCUGAGUGCUUGGAUGAGCAGGAUGCAACCCCUAUUCAGGAUGCAGUCCCUGAGGAACAGUGGCAAGAUGAAGUGAAGGCACCAGCUCCUCCCACUCAGCACAACCAUCCCACAGAGCCAGCCCAAAAUGAUCUCUAUGAGGAGCCCCCACAGGUGGAAGAGAACACAUUUGAGGUGCCUGCAGGGGAGAAGACGGACCAAGGUGUCUGUGCCAGGGCUCUAUACGACUACCAGGCUGCUGAUGACACCGAGAUCUCCUUCGAUCCUGAUGACAUCAUUACUGGCAUCGAGAUGAUUGACGAGGGCUGGUGGCGGGGCUACAGCCCAGACGGGCAUUUUGGAAUGUUCCCAGCCAAUUACGUGGAGGUUAUUUAGGUCCAUACCUCGCCCACUCACUAGAUCAGCAUAUUGGAGGCAGAAUAGAAAAGAUCCCCCCCCCCCAGAAGAAUUUGGCAGUAGGAAAACUGCUAGGGUCCAGAACACAGCAGGUCAGAAGUAACUCAACAGUGAACCCUUUAGAAUAGUUUGCUGAACUGGAUCUGCCACAUUAAGGACCAAUAUAUGAACAAUAACCAUGGGACCAGGGGUUGCACAAAUCUAUCCCUGUUGAAGGAAGCAAUUCAAUUAUGUUGUUGAUGUUGUGAGCCCUUAGAUGGCAUAGUUUAGGUUUUGAUGAAAACCCAUAUAUUGGCCAACCCCAAACUGAAUCUCUCACCUUUUAAUGUGAUGCAGUAAAUUGUCAGGCUUUUUAGAUUUUUCCAUUCAAGUUUCCAUUGCGAACAUUAAUAGCACAUUCCUUGUAAAGUGAAUCCAGUUUUGUUCCAGAUAUACUAUUUUUGUUAUUUGUAGCAUUCACUCCUGUUGGGUUCAGGAUAAUAUUUCAUCGCUCACAUAAUGGUACCAACUAUGAUCUUUGGCCUUUUUUGCCUUUGCCUUUUCCUCAGACUAAUAUUUUAUGUGAGUAUUUCUUUGUCAGAAAUUUGUUUGCUUGAAAGGAAUCAUGUGUAAAUUUCCAACAGUAGUUUGGUAUUGCAGUGGAAUUGAAUAUUUGCUAUGCUCUCUGGGUGGCUGAACUCGAGGGAAAAUAGGGGUGUAAAUAAUGACACAAUCAUAUUCUUGUGAAAUAUUUUUUUAAUAUUUUUUUUUUUUUAAAUACAGCUGAAGUCCUGAAGUCUACAUACACUUAGGUUGGAGUCAUUAAAACUUGUUUUUCAACAUCUCCACAAAUUUCUUGUUAACUAACUAUAGUUUUGGCAAGUCGGUUAGGACAUCUACUUUGUGCAUGACACAAGUCAUUUUUCCAACAAUUGUUUACAGACAGAUUAUUUCACUUAUUAUUCACUGUAUCACAAUUCCAGUGGGUUAGAAGUUUAUUUCAAAGUCAUGUUUGGAGAACUUUUUGUGACUUAAAAGAAUAUGGUGCCAUAGUGGUGACAUACUGCAGACUCACAUCCCAGAUUUAUAUGUUUUCUUGUUUAACAUAAGUUGACUGCCUAAAAAACAGUUUAAAUGUAUUUGGCUACGGUGUAUGUAAACCUCUGACUUCAACUGUAUAUAAUGGUUAUGCUAAAGAGCUCAUCCCCAUAUUCUUCCUGUUCUCUUCAGCCCCUGGAGAAUUUUAAUGAUAGACUAUUUCAGGGACCAGUUACACAAAACAAAGCAUAAGUCAUAUUUCCUCUCUCGCGCUGUUGCCGUUUUCAUAUGUAUCCUGGGUAGGGUUGCAGAAUUCCGGGUACUUUCAAUAAAUUCCCUGGUUUUCCUGAAAUUGUGGUUGGAGGAAUCCUGGAAUCAGGAAGGGCAUAAACAGAACAUCUGGAAUCUUCCAAACAGGAUUUCUGGAAAACCUGGGAAUUUAUUGAAUGUUCCCAGAAUUUUGCAACCCUAGUCCUGGGUACAACUAGUCUCUGCUUAACUAGUCUUUCACAGCUAGGUCCAGCUUCCAUCAAAAUACAGGUCUGUGAUUGGCUUAACCUAGCAGAAGAGCCUUGAUCAGAUGCUGUUAUCACGUGACAGUGCCAAAGGAGGGUAACAGGAUGACGUCGUCCUCUGGAAAGUGCUUUCUCUCAUUUUAAUCUGAAACUCCAUAACCAUUAGGCUAUGCAACGUCACUGCUUUUUAAUUUAUAAUGAAAUCAUUGUGAAAGAAAAAGUUUGUGAGACAUUGUCACUUUAAUUAAUGAUAAGGGAAUUUAAGAAUGAUUUAAAACGGGUCAUGGUCAUUUCAAGGUGUGAUGUAUCCAUGUUUUUGUUUUUCAGGAGUAUAUUGUAAUGCAAAUAUGUUCGUCAUAAUUAAAAGAGUUAAAGUGAAA